AUGCUUACCUCUAUGAAUAAAAAGGAGCAGAAACCGGUUAUAGAGAUAACCGAAGAAGACGUGAAGGCAAUUCACGCACGGGACGUCAAAAAAACGUUGAAGGUGAUCAAAGGAAGUCACCAAGCAAAAAAGGAGGCUGCUUACUCAAAUGAGAAAGGAGCAGGAACCGGUUACAGUGUUAACCGAAGAAGACGUGGACAAGAAGAUUCACGCAUGGAAGUGGUUACACAGAUAACCAGAGAAGAAGUGGGGAAGGAGUUUCACCCACGAGAUGUCACAGAGAUGUGA